AUGGGGCAAACAACACUGAAUGGCUUCCAGAUAGUAUUACAAAAACUAAAGGAAGAAGGAAAUCAGAGCGAGACCUUCUGCAAAAACCACAUCCUCGGAACUGAUGGUAUCCAGCUGCUGGAUUUUGCUGUUUUGAGCAACAAAGUAUAUUUUGCUUAUCAUGGCACAGAGCAAUUUGUUGCUGAGUCUCUCCCAAAGACGAUUGAGAAUGUGGAAGAUGUUCGUAUCUCAGAGGAGGUCUACAGAGGCUAUGUGUUUACAAUGCCAUACUUCAGCGCUGGAGGUGGUUACAUCCUGACACGCGGGACAGAAGCAAGGUCGCAUUGUGUAUUCCAUGGACCAGCAAAUACCGGCCGGUUUAGCGAGCAGAGCGGCGGCCACCCCUGCUGAAAUCCGGAGGAAAACACACAG